GUGAAAACCAGUGAUGGUCGGGAUCCUGGGAUUGGUCAGAUUUCAUGUCGGUCGUGAAGGUAGCACAAGCUUGAAAACGUUGGUUUGCUCGAGAUUUUGCGUUAGUGGUGGCGAUGUUUUCCUAAUUUGAGCUUGACGAGGCUGUCUGAACCUGUCUGCGGUAAACAUACGUUAGCAGCAUUGGCUAGGCUAUGACAUAAACCAGAGCAUGAGAUGGGCUCCACCAGCUCCACCCUGGCAAAAAUCCCCAACGCGGAGGACUUGAUGCAAGAAACUGGCUUCACUCCUGCACAUCUGGUCCGCCUCUAUGACCGCUUCAAAGUUCUGGACAAAGACAAGAAAGGUUUUCUUACUCCUCAAGAUUUUGUGGCCAUAAAGGAGCUGGCCAUGAACCCUAUUUGUGACAGAAUAAUCGGGGCCUUCUUUACUUCAGGAGGAGAAACGCUGGACUUUCCAUCCUUUGUGAGGAUCUUGGCACAUUUUCGUCCCAUUGACAAGAACCGCCCUAAAGAGCCCACCUCACCAGACCCCAUAAAUAGCAGGAGCAACAAACUUAAAUUUGCUUUCCAGCUAUACGAUCAGGACAAAGAUGGCAAGAUUUCCAGACAUGAGCUUUUACAGGUUCUGCGGGCCAUGCUGGAGAAGCAGGUGACUGAGGAACAGCUGGAGAGCAUAGCAGACCGCACCAUUCAAGAGGCAGAUCUGGACAGAGAUGAUGCCAUAUCUUUUGAGGAGUUUCGAAAGUCGCUGGAAAAGGUCAACAUUGACCACAAAAUGAGCAUCCGUUUUCUGCGCUAGAGCAUCAUGAGCUCCCAAGAAGAACUGAGGAAUUAAGUCUUACUAUAACGGAGCAAAGGGAGCGGAGUCAGUCUUCAGAGGUAUUCCUUAUUCUCCAAUACUGCCGUGCCUCUCUCACCCCAUCACUGUUUUAAACGUCCUUGUUAAGUACACUGCAAAGAUUAUUUAGUUGUGUAUCAUGGGAUUGACUGGAAUGCAGUUAUUACUGAAACCUGUCAGAGCCUGGAGAGAUAUGUGUAAUUUUGUUAAGUGAACUAGGGCUUUUAACCUGCUUGACAGUUGUGAAACACAAUUCUGAUACUCGACUGUGAUCCUUUGCCUGGCUUUACUGUGACUUUGCUUGAGUUUUCUUUUUUGAAAAAAACUGGAGUAGUUGUUGUGUUGACAAGCUGUGGUGUUAAUUACUAAGUUUUUCUUACAGUGUUGAGGGAAAGUGUUCCAAAAUAUAGUAAACUAAGCUACCAGCUCUCUUCUCUACUGGAAAUGUAUCAGCUGCAGUGAUAAUGAAAACAAAACAAGAAACAGAAUGAAAAUAGGAAAAUUCCCCACUCACAUACAACAUUGUAUACAAAUUAUAUUAGAUUGAAAAGUCAAAGUAAAACUGCAUUUUGUUUAGAAGAAUGUAACAUAUAGCAUUUAUUAGCUAUCUCACCACUUGAAUAAACAUAAUUACAUGCAUGCAAAUUUUCUAAACCGCUUAUCCUUCUAGGUCGCAAGGGGGUGCUGUAGCCUACUUCAGCGGUCAUUGGGCGGGAGGCAGGAAACACCCUAGACAGGUCACCAGUCCAUCGCAGGGCGCAAACAUAAUCACUUCAAAGCUAAAUGAUUUAAAACGUCAAUAGUUCACUACAAAAUGUACCCAAAUUUCCAGUUUACUAGAACAUGAGCUGGUGGCUUAGUCAUUUAGCAACAACGCUGUUGCCUCAGUUAGUAGCUGUAUAUACAACAGGUAGUUAUAAUGUACUUAUUUUAUUGACACUAAAGAUGGGUCUUUAACCAAUGGAUGCAAUGCACAUCUCACAGACAGCUUUUGCAACUGCGAAUACAAAACAAUGCUUGCUCAGUCACUCAGAGUAACUUUCUGUAUGCACAUCUUUAAUUUCAAGGCUUAGUGCAAUGUUUGCAUAAAAAUCUACCUCGAAAAUUUUACCGAACUUAAACCUUAUGUGUGUUGUCCAGAUAAAAUGAUCAACAGAAACUCCUUAAAUACAAAUCACUCGUCAACCUUAAUAGCAUGUUUUUAGAAAUGCAGCCUUUGCUUUUGUAUUAAUGACUAUGCUAAAAAAAUAAAUAAAUAAAAAAUGCAUUUGUA